AACAGACAAUCACAGACCACUGUGAUAGGGACACACCUUCGUCGUUUUUUGGUAAAGUUCAUGGGGAUGCCAUUUUAAACUCAAAACGAAUUUAAUCCACGAGAUAUAAGCAUUCAUUGCAAAUUGACUUUUUCAAUUGCAUUGCUUCAAGCACAUUUAGCUGUGCAACUUUACCCACAAGAUGACUGGAGUUUUUGACAGUCUCAGUACAGACAUGCAUUCGAACCAGAUUACCUCGAACAGUUACCACAGCUUGCAUAAAUCGCAGGAGUCCCCAACUCUACCAGUAUCGACUGCAACGGACAGCAGCUUUUACAAUAGCCAACAGCCUGGAUACUGCGCAGGGUCUCCAUAUGGCCAACUCGGAACUUACCAGUACCACAACAGUGGUAUGAGCAACGUUCAAUACAAUACUAAAUCAUACGACCUUGGUUUCAACUCUUAUGGCACCUACGGUUCCUACGGUUCCAGUUCUUCACCGACUCCAACGGAUGCAGAGAAAGAAGAAAGUGAACCUGAAAUCCGAAUGGUUAACGGGAAACCAAAGAAGGUCAGGAAACCUCGAACUAUUUAUUCAAGCUUCCAACUGGCCGCCCUUCAACGGCGAUUCCAAAAAACACAGUACUUGGCUUUACCGGAGCGAGCCGAGCUGGCAGCCUCAAUGGGCCUUACACAAACCCAGGUGAAAAUUUGGUUCCAGAACCGACGCUCCAAGUUCAAGAAGUUGUGGAAAAAUGGAGAAAUCCCCCAUGAGCAACAUGUGACCUCCAGCGAGUCUCCCCCCUGUAACUCUCCACCCGCCACUGCCUGGGACUUUCCACAGAAUCAAAGAAUGAACAAUGUAAACUCUAGUUUAUCUCAGAGCAGCAGCCCUCCAAAUACGACUGAGCCUUCUUUCUUGGCAAACUAUUCUUGGUACUCAUCAACGAACUCUGCAACGCAUCUUCAGGCUGGCCCGCUUGUCCAGCACCACCACAACUCCGCCUUGAGCGCUGGGACAAUAUUUUAAUACAACUGACUCUUACUCGGAGAAUACUGGUGAAACAGACAAAAUGUCAUUAUACAUUUUUACAGACCUCACCAAGCGAACUUUACGCGCAACUUUGGCCUAUAGCUGCUAGGGUAAUUCAGAAUGACACCGUGCUCGCACCGGUAAAAUGGCAGACUACAUAUUUUUACAGUUAUUUUUGUAUUUAUUUAUUGUGUUUAUUUUAAUGGAUGAGAUUUAUGAACCACUAAUAGCCAAAACAACCACGUAGUAAGAUGCUUUUACGAACAUGUGUUACUUUUGAAUCAGCGCGAGUCCAAAGUUGAUUGCAGGACGUGAACAACUGACACAUAUGUAGCACAGUUUUCAACUGCGUCGUGCAUUUUGAAAAUGUCCUAAUUUUGUUGUACGAGAUCCAUGUAUUAGCCUACAUGUACACAUAUUUCUAUGUGGCCUAUUCUUUACGGUUGGUUUCCUUUUGUAGGUCAGAAUUCGGCUUUGAGAAAUAUUUCACAACAUUAUUUUGACUGCCAUCCUGGCAUCAUUUUUAUUUUAUUUUAAUAUUGGGGACCAAUACUGUACCUAUUCUUUACGGUUGUUUUAUCCUUCAUAAACUACUGAUUGUCCCCUAUUCCAAUUAACUUGUAUAACAUUUCUAUGGUGUAUUGUCUUUAAUUUAUUGUAUGGUUAGCAGUGUUUUCUUUAUAUGAUCAGACGUUAUUUAAAUAAAAUUAUGUUUUCUGUUCACAAUGGGUUUUUCUCCAUUUUAAGAACUUUAAGAAAUUGGCAUACGGAGAAAGAAGUGGAUUUAGUUUUUGAUUCAAGCUUAGCCCGAUUCUUAAUAGCCUGUCAAUAAACUAUAUUGCGCGUUCUUAUUUAGCCUAUAGAGAGAAGAAACCUAUACUCCACUUCCAUUCAGUACUACGGCGCCAGAAGAGUUCUGGUUCCGUCAAAAGACAUGUUUCUAACCCUUGUAAAUCUUUCAACGUAGCUCACAAAAUGUGAUUAACGCCACAGGUAGGCUAUGGGCUCGACAAGCUUUUGGAAGAUGCACCUAAAAAUAGCAUUAUUUGGGAAUGCAUUUGUAUUCAUUAUUGGUUGCAAAUUGUUUCCUCUUCUUAACUCAUGUUUUAUAGACACGUUAAAUCUAGCUGGGUAUAUGGUUCGGGGAACCUGAUACAGACAAGAUGAUUAACAGAGCCGAGACACAGUGCCCAGGGCGCCGAGAACGCUGGAGUAUUCAAAGGCACGCAACACGCCUUGGCAUGCGAAAGGGAAGAUGAGGGCGUAUGACUGAGCUCAACCCCUCAGACUCUUUGGAGUCAGAGUGCCGCUCUCCAGACAUUUUAUGAACACAGCCCAACCAAAAAACUAGACCCAAGACCGCCUGAAGCUGAGCAACAUGGAAACAUUUCUCACAUCUUGUUCACUCACACAACACAAAGCCCUUCUUCUCAUCGGUUCUCAUGAGCGAAUCGACCUACAGUCGAUUUGUCCAUCGUAGACAAGGCAACAUUAUAAAUAGUCAAUACAUUUUUUUUGUAUAUAUAAUUAGCCAUAUGCUUAUGAGAUGUUAUUGUUUGCAAAAUGGUAUCUACUUUAUAUCCUAG